AUGUGGAAACCUUCCAUAAAUUUCUUCACACUACACUAUGCCUAUAUUAUCGUGGUUGGCCUAGUCGGCUUUGCCGUGAUCUUACCCUACGGUAAUGUCGCUGCUAUAGAUGCUUUCUUCUUCGGCGCCAGCGCGUCUACAGAAUCCGGCCUCAACACUUUUGACGUCAAAAAUCUCAAGACAUACCAACAACUUGUCAUCUACGUUAUUCCCACCAUUGCCCAUAUGGCUGUGAUCAAUAUCGUGGUCAUCGCAACUCGACUCUACUGGUUCGAGCGGCGUCUCAAGCAAGUUGCUCCGUCCAUGCUCCGCUGGAAAUCUUAUACAGCGCAAGGCGAUCGUCCAGGUAGACCGCUCACUGCCGACUUCGAGAUCCAGCUUCCCGAUUGGCCUAACGCCGUCUCUUUUUCUCCAGCUCUAGAGAAUACAGGGCAUAACGGGGACUGCCCCGAUAAGAACAGCGAGGGUCCUGCAAACCGAGAUUCAGCUUUGCUCUCCCAAAAUCCCACGGCUAAACUAAGGGAGCCGCUAGAUGACGAGUGCUCUGGGCUUAUCCACAAGCAGGCCGCUUUGCCACUACCAGAACAACAAGCGAAACUCGACCAGAGCCUUCGCAUCACUUUUGAUUCGACGUUGCAAGGCCAUCGGAGAGAUUCCGUAACCAUCUACAACCCACCCCUUGGCGGGCGCGACCGCAGAUGUUCGUUCCCCACCACCCGAGAAGGCCAGCGCGGCUCCAUGGGAUAUAUAGAGGAUAGUACGGUAAACAUAUCGGAAUCGCAACCUAUCUCGACAGACGUUCCUGUCAGUACAGAUGAAGGGACCAUCCAAAAGCCUAUCACCCCAACGACUAGCAGAAUGAGCAGAGACUCCCGCUGGCGCAGUCGUGAGCGCCUUAGUCUGGAGCGAGCCACUUCUAUUGAGCGUGUCGCAUCGUCUAUUUUUGUUCUAGGCCAAAUAUGUAACCGCAGUCGCGAGUUAAGUAAGAGUGACCGCGGUGCUUCGCGGCCUUCAGCACCAUACACCCGAGUGUCUGACCUACCCCAGCUGUCUUCACAGGUAACUAUUGGAAGAAACUCGCAAUUUCAUGGUCUGUCCGCUGAGGAACGGGAGCUUUUGGGUGGCAUUGAAUAUCGCAGCUUGAAACUCCUUCUCUGGAUUUGUAUUGGAUACUUUGUGGGUUUGCACGUUUUGGGAGUCAUCUGUCUUCUGCCUUGGAUUCAGCAUGCCCCUUCCAAGUACACCGACUACCUCGACGAGGUAGGCCAGAACAAGAUUUGGUGGGCUUUUUAUUCUGCGCAAACCAUGGCGAAUAAUCUCGGUUUCACUUUAACACCGGAUUCCAUGGUCCAUUUUCGCGACGCGACUUUUCCGAUGCUAGUCAUGACUUUUCUGGCCUAUACCGGGUACAACUUCUAUCCCAUCUUUCUACGUCUCCUCAUUUGGAGCUUCUACAAGCUUGUACCCAAGAAUUCGGCCCUGCGAGGACCACUAGCUUUCCUUCUAGAGCACCCACGCCGAUGUUGUAUGCUCCUGUUCCCAAGUCGCCCAACGUGGAUUCUCUUCGGCAUCCUCUUCGGCCUAAAUUUCUUGGAUGUGCUGCUGCUUAUCGUCCUAGACCUUGACAACCCAUCCGUCACGGACCUACCACUUGCCCAGCGCAUCUUAGCAGCCAUCUUUCAAGCCGCUUCAUCACGUCAUACGGGAACAUCUACCUUCGAUCUCUCCGGACUGAACCCGGCCGCACAGUUUAGCCUACUGGUGAUGAUGUACAUCUCUGUUUAUCCUAUUGCCUUGACUAUUCGUGCCUCUAAUACGUACGAGGAGCGGGCGCUGGGAAAAUACGCUCCUGAGCAGGUUAACCCGGAAGAGGCUAAGACAGGCGGCAAGUACGUCAUGGCGCACAUGCGAAAUCAACUCAGUUUCGAUCUUUGGUAUAUAUUCCUGGGGAUCUUUCUUAUUUGUAUUGCCGAGUCAGAUAAGAUCAUGGAUACCUCACAACCUCUCCAAUCGCAGGAAUUUUCUGUGUUUCCUAUCUUCUUCGAGGUAACCUCGGCAUAUGGUAACGUUGGCCUCAGUCUCGGUCACCCGGGCGUUCAGACGUCUUUGUCUGGCCAGUUCUCCGUCUGUAGCAAGCUUGUCAUAUGCGCUAUGAUGAUUCGAGGCCGUCAUCGCGGCUUACCUUACGAAGUUGACCGCGCCAUCCAGUUGCCAAGCGAACGCCUUGUCGAUGACAACGCCGAGCCACUCCCGUCUCGCAGACCUCUAUUGACUGGCGAGAUUGACAAUGAAGCCACGUAG